AUGUGGGAAAAUGAUGUACAAUUGGAAAAGCAGAAAGGAGGCAAAUAUAUGAAAGGUAAAGCACCAAAGCACACUUAUUAUGAUAAGAAUGAUCCAGAAUUGAAUAUUUUACCUGAUAAUUGGAUAGAAAUCAUGGAUGAGGAUAAGGAGGACGAAGAAGAUAAUGAAUGGAAAGUAAAGAAAGACCUUAUAGAAAAAGUAUGA